AUGGCCUCGACCGCGCGAGCUCUCCGCCAGGCCAGCGGCAUUCUGCUGCGUGACUGUGCUCCUGCCCCCCGACUAACGGCACGACCCUUCUCGACUCGGAUACCCUCCCUUGCCGUCCGACAGCACCUCGUAAACCCCAAAACACCCUCGUGGCAGCAAGUCAAGAGAUUCACGAGGUCUACAAAACGACGUGCCCUGGUCCAAGAGGCCCCCCGCCCGGAGGCCUACUUGGAAAGCGGUGCCAUUGAGUACGGGAAGAACUUGGUCGACGUCAAGAAGGUCAUAGUCAUUGGCAGUGGUGGUCUGAGUAUCGGACAGGCUGGAGAAUUCGACUAUUCUGGGUCACAAGCGUUGAAAGCACUCAAAGAAGCUGGCGUCAAAUCAAUCCUCAUUAAUCCCAACAUUGCGACGAUUCAGACCGAUCACAAGCUCGCCGACGAGGUCUACUACCUUCCAGUCACCCCCGAAUAUGUGACCUACGUUAUCGAGAGGGAGAGGCCGGAUGGCAUUCUCCUCACGUUUGGAGGCCAGACAGGCCUCAAUUUGGGUGUCAACAUGAACAAGAUGGGCAUAUUCGAUCGCUAUGGUGUCAAGGUGCUAGGAACGAGUAUCAAGACUCUCGAGACCAGCGAAGACCGAGACCUAUUUGCCAAGGCCCUCAACGAGAUCAACAUCCCCAUUGCCCAGUCCAUCGCUGUCGGCACCGUCGAGGAAGCCCUUGACGCGGCUGAGAAGGUUGGAUAUCCCAUCAUCGUCCGCUCAGCUUAUGCUCUGGGUGGUCUGGGGUCGGGUUUUGCCAACAAUCCCGAGGAGCUGAGCAACCUGGCUUCCCGAUCUCUGUCUCUGUCCCCCCAGAUCCUGGUGGAGAAGUCUCUGAAAGGCUGGAAAGAAGUCGAGUACGAGGUGGUCCGUGACGCCGAGGACAAUUGUAUCACCGUCUGCAACAUGGAGAACUUUGACCCCCUUGGUAUCCACACGGGAGACAGCAUUGUGGUUGCCCCGAGCCAGACCCUGAGUGAUGAAGAAUAUCAUAUGCUGCGAACAGCGGCCAUCAAGAUCGUCCGUCACCUGGGAGUGGUUGGUGAAUGCAACGUCCAAUACGCACUCCAACCCGACGGCCUCGACUACCGCGUCAUUGAAGUCAACGCUCGUCUUUCUCGCUCCUCCGCGCUCGCCUCCAAGGCAACCGGUUAUCCUCUGGCUUACACCGCCGCGAAGAUUGGCCUGGGACACACUCUUCCGGAGCUGCCCAACGCCGUCACCAAGACCACCACCGCCAACUUCGAGCCGAGCUUGGAUUAUAUCGUGGUCAAGAUUCCCCGUUGGGAUCUGUCCAAGUUCCAGCAUGUGAAGCGUGACAUUGGAAGUGCCAUGAAGUCUGUGGGAGAAGUCAUGGCCAUCGGUCGCACGUUUGAAGAGUCAUUCCAGAAAGCCAUUCGGCAGGUCGAUCCCCGCUAUGUGGGAUUUCAAGGGGACAAAUUCGACGACCUGGACGACGUGCUUCGCAAUCCCACCGACCGAAGGUGGCUGGCUGUCGGGCAAGCCAUGAUCCACGAGAAUUACUCGGUGGACAAGAUUCACGACCUGACCAAGAUUGACAAGUGGUUCCUCCACAAACUGCAGAAUCUCAAAGAUACCAUGACGGAAAUCCAAGAGAUCGGGUCUCUCAACGGCAUCAAGCACGAGCUGAUGCUGAAGGCGAAGAAGCAAGGCUUUUCCGACAAGCAGAUCGCAAUGUACGUCAACUCUACCGAAGGAGAAGUCCGAGCUCGUCGACAGAAAUUCGGGAUUCGACCAUGGGUGAAGAAGAUCGAUACGCUUGCCGCCGAGUUUCCCGCCGACACUAACUACCUGUACACCACAUACAACGCCUCGUCUCACGAUGUCACCUUCGAAGACAAAGGUACCAUCAUUCUGGGGUCUGGGGUCUACCGAAUUGGGUCUUCUGUCGAAUUCGAUUGGUGCGCCGUCAAUGCAACACUGUCUCUCCGCAGCAUGGGACAGAAGACAGUGAUGAUCAAUUACAACCCGGAAACUUUCUCCACUGAUUUCGACACAGCCGAUAAGCUCUACUUCGAAGAGCUAUCCUACGAACGGGUGAUGGAUAUCUACGAGCUUGAGGGUGCUUCGGGUGUUGUUGUCAGCGUGGGAGGCCAGCUUCCGCAAAACAUUGCGCUGCGGCUCCAGGAGGAAGGCAAGGCGCACGUGCUUGGCACCAACCCCGUGGACAUCGACAAGGCCGAAGAUCGUCACAAGUUCUCACAGAUCCUGGACUCAAUCGGCGUUGAUCAACCGGCGUGGAAAGAGUUGACCUCGGUAGCAGAGGCCGAAUCUUUUGCUGAUUCGGUGGGAUACCCUGUCCUUGUCCGACCGUCGUAUGUUCUUUCCGGUGCUGCCAUGUCCGUCAUCUACACGCAGGAAGAGCUGAAGGAUAAAUUGGAGUCGGCCUCGGCGGUUUCCCCUGAUCAUCCCGUUGUGAUUACGAAAUUCAUCGAGGGCGCCCAGGAAAUCGACGUCGACGCCGUGGCAUCGAAGGGAGAACUGAUUCUGCACGCUGUGUCUGAACACGUCGAAGCCGCGGGCGUCCAUUCCGGCGAUGCCACCCUCGUUCUUCCUCCCGUCAACCUUGACGAGAAAGUCAUGGCGCGUGUCAAGGAGAUCGCGCAGAAGGUCGCCAAGGCCUGGAAUAUCACGGGGCCUUUUAACAUGCAGAUCAUCAAGGCUGAUGCCCCUGGAGAAGAGCCUGCGCUCAAGGUCAUCGAGUGCAAUCUUCGCGCUUCUCGGUCGUUUCCAUUUGUCAGCAAAGUGCUUGGGACCAACUUCAUUGACGUUGCAACCAAAGCAUUGGUUGGCCAGGACGUCCCAGAGCCUCGAGAUCUCAUGGCGGAAAAGCGCGACUACCUAGCCACCAAAGUUCCACAAUUCUCCUGGACUCGGUUGGCGGGCGCCGAUCCUUUCCUUGGUGUUGAGAUGAGCAGCACCGGUGAGAUUGCGUGCUUUGGAAAAGACCUGAUCGAGGCCUACUGGGCAUCCCUUCAGUCCACCAUGAACUUCCGUAUGCCUGAACCGGGUGAGGGAAUCCUGCUCGGCGGAUCCACCGAACUUCCCGAGCUUCCCAAGAUUGUGGAAUAUCUCCAACCCUUGGGUUACAAGUUCUAUGCGGCAAGCCAGACCGUGAAGGAGCACUUGGAGAAGUCUGGCGCCUCGAUUGAGGUGAUUGAGUUCCCAACGACGGACAAGAACAAGCUUCGACAGGUGUUCCAAAAGUACGACAUCAGGGGGGUCUUCAACCUUGCCAAGACUCGAGGCAAGACAUUGGUGGACGAAGACUACGUGAUGAGAAGGAACGCUGUGGACUUUGGAGUCCCAUUGUUCAUGGAGCCCAAGACUGCUUUGCUGUUCGCUCAAUGCAUGAAUGCGAAGCUUCCUCGACAAGAAGGAACCAUUCCUCCCGAGGUCAAGAGCUGGCGCGAAUUCGCCGGUUCGAAGAUGAUGUAA